UGUCACUACACUCUAUUUUCUACCUUGCAGGACCGUGCAAAAUAAUUUUCUGUUACAUUUCACUGAUUACAUGAAUUGAGGUAAAAUAGAAAGAAAUGUCUGCGGGUGCGGAACGUCCAGCUUCGAUGCCCUUUCAGGACAGUCAGUACAAUUGGACGGACGAUCUACCAGUUUGCAAGCAGUCCGGAGUAGGCUUUUCUACCAAUCAAAUCUAUCGAGAAGAUGGAUAUCGCCAAGAGGAGCAUCCAUUUGAGGAUCGUAGUUUUCAUUGUAGAUAUGACGACUCCACAUUUCUUUACGCCGUAUUCGACGGCCAUGAAGGUACUAAGGCAGCCAACUUUGCUAUGCAAAGGAUGGCCGCAGAGAUCCUGCUUGGGCAGUUGAAUGGCAAAUCAACCGACGAGGAGGUGAAGGAAGUUCUCCGGCAGGCAUUCAUAGCAGUUGAGAAAGGAUAUCUGGAAUCAAUUGGUGAUUUAUUAGCAGAACGGGCUAGUCUGCAGUUUGACAUACCUGACGGACUGACUCCCUAUGAGACCUACCAAAAGUAUCCGGAUCUGGUUGACAAGCUAAACGCGCUAAAUUGCGAGCUGUCAGCUGGGACUAGUGCUGUGGUCGCCUUAGUCUACAGAGGGAGGCUCUACGUCGCGAAUGUCGGAGACAGCAGAGCACUGUUGUGCAAAACAGAUAGCAAUCAAGUUUUACGAGUUGUACAAUUAAGCGUAGAUCAUGAUUUGAGAAACGAGGACGAGCUUUUGCGAUUAUCUCAAUUGGGCUUGGACGUCGAAUCGAUCAGGCAAGGAUCUCAUCUUGGAAAUCAGGAAAACACACGUUGCCUCGGUAACUAUCUUGUCAAGGGGGGAUACAGAGAGUUCGAAGAGCUAACAGCCUCGAGGGCGGAGCCGAUCAUUGCCGAACCGGAAAUCCAUGGAAGUAUCGAGCUGGACGAAUCCUGUAGAUUUUUAUUGCUCAUGUCGCGUGGCCUGUAUAAAUCGUUGGAGGAGGCGACCGGUACCGAGCAAGUUAAUAAGGAAUUAGCCUUGAUAGCGGUCGAGCAGUUUCGAGUACAGUCGACUUUAACCGGAGUCGCCCAGGCGGUGGUGGACAAGGUCGUGAGAAUUCAUCACGACGUAAACAUGAGCAACACGCAGAACACCAUGACCACCGGCAAGCGCGACGACAUAACUCUCCUGGUGCGGAACUGCAACUUCCCGCUACCGCACGCGCUAAAGAGUCCGACCAGUCAGUCGGUCAGAUUUAAUCCCGUGGUGCAGACCGCGCCGAUCAGCAUACCGGACAAGGACGAGGACCUGUCGAGCACCAGCACGAGCGUUGUAGAUGACAACGUCGACACAUCGACGACCACAACGUCAACGACGUCAGAUUUGUAUCCGCCUGGCGCCAGAAUGGCGGAUCGAAAUGCUAGAAUUAAGCCUUACGUAGAUUUUUCCGAGUAUUACGAGAACGUUGAGAAGAGAAGAAAAGAGGGAACGCUACCAGAAGGUAUAGACUUCUAACAUUUGUUAGGUUCUAGAUCUGACAUUUAUGGUCAAAUGAAAUGGUCACACACGUGACAUCGCAUAUGUGAUCAACAUCAAAAAAAGCACAAGCAAACCAUUCCGGAGGCUGUUGGAAACUUCUCCCUUGUAAUUGUAAAGAAAUACAGAGAUCGAGCCCUCGCGCAUAACAUUGUCAUUUUCGUUAUCUAUGAUCACAGUGAGCGUCGAGGUACCCGAGGUUAUAGGCGGUGCACCACUGUCCGUGAUCGCGAUCGGUAUCUCGUAACUCUUCCGACUUUCCCGAUCAAAUCGUACUCGCGCGUACAAAUUAAUUCCGCGUAUUUCAAAUUUAGACUGGAUUUCAUCGCUCGCGGUUUCGUCGAUUCUGUACUCGAACGGCGGACUAUUCUCGUCGGAGUCGUAAUCGCGCGCCUUCAACUCAAAUUAUCUUACCGAGUGCCUUAUUUUCGUCCUAAGUAACUGUACGCAUAUCGAGAAACGGUGCGUCGCCAUUUAUAUCUAUGAGAGUAAUAGUAAUCUGCUCCGAUUGUUGAAGACUCGUGGAUGAACCAUCCUCGUCUCUCGCCAUUAUGA